AUGGUGGAUCCAAAAUGGGUGGAAACCUUUAAUUUGAAGCUGUGGGGGCUUCCUAGAGUUUUGUCUUAUCAUAGUCCUUUACUGUUAAUGGAAGAUAAGAGAGAUUGGGGCCCUAGGCCCUUUAGAUUUGUUAAUGCUUGGACUUUACAUCCAAAAUUUUUACCUUUUGUGGAAAAGUGGUGGAGGGAGCAUCAGGUAGAGGGUUGGGCUGGGUUUAGGUUAUUUCAGAAACUAAAAGAGCUGAAAAUAGCACUUAAACAGUGGAAUAGUGAAGUCUUUGGUAAUGUAAAUACUAAGUUGAAGAAGGUAGAGGAUGAGCUUCAUAUGAAUGAUUUGUUAGUAGCGGAAAGAGAGCUUGAAGAGGCAGAAAAAACAAGAAAAAGAGAGGCUAAAGUUGAAGCUGGAUGUUUAACAAGAAUGGUGGAAUGGUUGUGGCUCCAAAAAUCGAGGCUCAAUUGGAAUUUUAAUGGUGAUAAAAACACAAGAUAUUUUCAUGUGUUAGUAAAGUGUAGGCAGAGGAGAAAUGAAAUUAAUUCUCUAACUGUUGGGGAUGUGGUGGUUGAUGAUCCAUGUAGAGUUAAGCUAGAGGCCCUAGCCCAUUUUCUAAAGCAGUUUUAUGAGGAUUGGCAGCAUAGGCCUGUCUUGGAAGGACCAUUUAAGUCAGUGAGGGAUAGUUCGUGUUUUGAUUUGUUGGAGGCAGAGUUUUCUAAGGCAGAGGUUUAG